AUGGUGGCCUCUAGCAGCAACAACGGUUAUUCUUCCAGUUCUUCGGAAGAGGAUUUCAGACCUUCCACAGUCAAAGCUCGAGCUAAGGAGAAUCUUGAUGCAUCCGUUGACAAUCGACGAGUCACUUAUGAUGAGAUCAAGAAGAGAAGAGCUGAGGAUGACGAGUCGGAGAAUCGUUUACGAAGAAGAGUCCGAAUUGAUCGUUGGAUAGCAGCGGCCGAGGAGAAGCUCCGCUCCCGUGCUGAUGGUGCUGAGCGCGAAGAGGAGGAAUUCUGGGACGCCUAUGAAGAGGAUAUUCAUCCAGACUUCCUCAACAUCCGUGAUAGUGAUUCUGAUGAAGAGAGCGAAGAGGAUUCAGCAGAAGACGAUGAUGAGCCUGACGAUUCUGACAAAUCCGAUGACUCUGAUGAAUCUGACUGA